AUGUUCUUGGCCAACUCCAUUCGAGAGGCGACCUUACGAAUCAGACUUGGAUUUCAAGUUUGCCAGCUUCGUCAGGUGUCCAUCUUGUCACGUUUAGCGCCUCCAGAAGGUGCUACACAAGGCUAUAAAAGAUUGGGAAGGGGUCCGUCUUCAGGCAAAGGUAAGACCUCUGGUAGAGGUCAAAAGGGUCAAAAAGCUAGAGGCAAAGUAAAAUCAUGGUUUGAAGGUGGUCAAACUCCGAUUUACAAGCUUUUCCCGAAAUUGGGAUUCACCAAUGUGACUUCUUUAGAGUUGAAAGAGCUCAAUUUGGAGCGUAUUAUGUGGUUUCAUCGCAAGGGAAGAUUAGAUUUGGGCCCCGACGAAGUGCUUGACAUGAAGAAAAUGAAGCAACUGGGACUUGUCACGGGCUCUUUCAAAGAUGGUGUCAAGAUUUUGGCAGGUGGGAAGGAAAUUUUCAACUUGCCUCUGAAGAUCGAGGCAUCGAGAGCAUCCAGGGAAGCAAUUAAGGCCAUUGAAGGUGCAGGUGGUAGUUUCACUGCUAGAUAUUUCAAUAAACUUGGUUUGAGAGCACAUCUUAGUCCAAAGUGGUUUCUCGAAAAUCGAGGUCGGGUUCCAUUACAAGCACGUCCAGUUAGAAGGAAGGACAUACAAUACUACAGUGAUCCAAGCAAUAACGGGUACCUCACAAAAGAAAACGAUCCGCUUUUGGAGCAAAUUAAGCUGGCGCGUUCCGGAGGUCACGACGGUUUCGUGAAAAAGACCGGCAAAAAAUCAGCGCUUGAAUUGCAAUUGGAACAAGUAGGCGAAUAUACGCCCGAAUUUGCUUCUAACUCUUCUCUUGUGAGUACAAGUACAUUAGAGACUGCCGCCUGA